CCACCAUAUCAAAGAAAGGUUGUCUUUUUUUUUUUUUUCUUUCUUGUCUUCCUUGCACUACUUGUUACCAUUGACGGUUAUUUUUUUCGUUUCAACAUCCUUUCUCAUUGUGAAAAGGGUCGUUAAUUUAUCAAGCACCAUGAGGUUGAAGAAGAUGACGAUGUUAAUGGUGGUGAUAAUUGUGGUCAUGUUUAAACACUGUAAUGGUCUAAACAUGAAUUACUACAUAAUGACUUGCCCAAUGGUUGAGUUCAUCAUCAAGAACUCAGUCAACUCAGCUUUGAGAGCCGAUCCGACUCUUGCUGCUGGGCUUAUAAGGAUGCACUUCCAUGAUUGCUUCAUUGAGGGUUGUGACGCAUCCGUUUUGCUUGAUUCUACAAAAGAAAAUACAGCAGAGAAAGACUCUCCUGCGAAUUUGAGCUUGAGGGGCUAUGAAAUCAUCGAUGAUGCCAAGCAACAACUGGAAAUGCAAUGUCCCGGGGUCGUAUCAUGUGCUGAUAUCGUAGCAAUGGCAGCCCGUGAUGCCGUGUUCUUUGCUGGGGGCCCUGUGUACGAUAUACCAAAAGGAAGAAAAGAUGGCACAAGAUCAAAAAUAGAAGACACUAGAAACUUGCCUCCACCAAUUCUAAAUAGUAGUGAACUAAUCAAAAUGUUUGGACAACAUGGUUUCACUGCUCAAGAAAUGGUUGCUCUUUCAGGUGGGCAUACUCUAGGGGUGGCUCGAUGUUCAUCAUUCAAGAACCGUCUAAAAAGCUUCGACUCAACCCACGAAGUGGACCCAAGCAUCGACAAUCAGUUUGUGAAAACGCUUGCUAAUACAUGUAAUGCAGGCGACAAUGCAGAGCAACCUUUCGACGCAUCAAGAAAUAUGUUUGAUAACGCUUACUAUAACGCACUUCAAAGGCAGGCUGGAGUUCUAUCCUCGGAUCAAACCCUAAUGACUGACCCAAAGACUCGACUGAUUGUCAAUGGCUAUGCUAUGAACCAAGCCAUGUUCUUCUUUGAUUUCCAAAGAGCCAUGAUCAAGAUGGGAUUGCUUGAUGUUAAAGAGACUGGACAAGUACGUCAAAACUGUCGCAAAAUCAACUGAUUUAAACAUCGCAUUAAUGUAUAAUACAACAACUUGAUAGUGAGUUUUUUGUGAGUUUUGUUAUAUUGGAUUGGAUGUAUACAAAUAAUAUGGAUUUGGUGAUUGUGUGGAGAU